GCUAGUGGCGGCAGCGGAGCCGGCGGCGGCGACGGGGACGCUGGGGCGGCGGAGCGGUACAAUAAUGAGAUCAGUCAUCAUGCCAACAUUGGUAUUGCACUGGCACUAAAUGGUGGGCAAAAUUGUUUUCCUGAGAGCAUCAGAAGAGCGUUUGUUGGUUACAAAGAAUGGCUCAACAGCAAGCACUGAGAUUUCGUGGUCCAGCUCCUCCACCAAACACUGUCAUGAGAGGCCCACCACCUCUUAUGCGUCCCCCUCCACCUUUCGGUAUGAUGCGAGGACCACCUCCACCACCCCGGCCUCCUUUUGGACGUCCUCCAUUUGAUCCAAAUAUGCCUCCGAUGCCACCUCCGGGAGGAAUUCCUCCUCCUAUGGGACCUCCGCAUCUGCAGAGACCACCUUUCAUGCCUCCUCCCAUGGGUAACAUGCCACCACCUCCGGGUAUGAUGUUUCCUCCAGGAAUGCCACCUGUCUCUGCCCCUGGAACACCAACAAUGCCACCUACUGAAGAAAUAUGGGUAGAAAAUAAAACUCCAGAUGGAAAGGUUUAUUACUAUAAUGCACGAACACGUGAGUCAGCUUGGACCAAGCCUGAUGGAGUAAAAGUUAUUCAGCAGUCUGAACUGACACCAAUUCUGGCUGCCCAGGCCCAGGCUCAAGCCCAGGCCCAGGCCCAGGCUGUAGGUGCCUCCACACCUACUACUAGCAGUCCUGCGUCAGCAGUAUCUCCGUCUACAUCGUCAAGUGCUCAGUCCUCUACAACUUCUACUACUACUACAUCAACUUCUGUUUCACAAACCGUUUCCACACCUACAACACAAGACCAGACCCCCAGCUCAGCCGUUUCAGUUGCCACACCUUCAGUCAGUGUUUCAACCUCUGCUCCUUCUGCUACGCCUGUGCAGACUGUACCCCAGCCAGUCCCACAGACAUUGCCUCCUGCAGUUCCUCACGCAGUACCUCAGCCAACUGCAGCAAUUCCUGCUUUUCCACCAGUAAUGGUACCUCCAUUUCGUGUUCCCCUUCCUGGCAUGCCUAUUCCACUACCAGGUGUAGCAAUGAUGCAAAUAGUCAGCUGCCCGUAUGUAAAGACAGUCGCUACCACCAAGACCGGUGUCUUGCCAGGAAUGGCUCCUCCUAUUGUACCUAUGAUCCAUCCUCAGGUUGCUAUUGCCGCUUCACCUGCUACAUUGGCUGGAGCAACAGCAGUCUCUGAAUGGACAGAGUACAAAACAGCUGAUGGGAAGACUUACUACUAUAACAAUAGAACACUGGAAUCAACAUGGGAGAAGCCUCAAGAACUGAAGGAGAAAGAAAAAGUAGAAGAGAAGAUGAAAGAAAGCAUUAAAGAACCUCCUGAGGAACCUUUGCCUAUGGAAACAGAAGAGGAGGAACCCAAAGUUGAACCUAUCAAGGAACUUAUAAAGGAGGUAAAAGACCUAACGCAGCUAACACAUCUACAGACUAUAACUGAUUUUUUCAACCUUUGGUCUCAGCAGGAGCCAAAAGAAGAGGAAAUGACUGAAGAAGAAAAGGCAGCUCAGAAAGCAAAACCUGUGGCUACUACCCCUAUUCCUGGUACUCCAUGGUGUGUGGUGUGGACUGGAGAUGAACGGGUGUUUUUUUACAAUCCUACCACUCGUCUGUCUAUGUGGGACCGACCAGAUGACUUAAUAGGAAGAGCAGAUGUGGACAAAAUUAUUCAGGAGCCUCCUCACAAAAAGGGAAUGGAUGAAGGGAAAAAACAAAUUAAAGAAGAGCAUGAAAUGCUAGAAGAAGCCAAUGAUGAUGAGCCUAUUAAAGCAAAGAAACGAAAGAAAGAAGAUAACAAAGACAUUGAUUCAGAGAAGGAAGCUGCCAUGGAAGCUGAAAUCAAAGCUGCUCGAGAGAGAGCCAUUGUCCCGCUGGAGGCUCGCAUGAAGCAGUUCAAGGACAUGCUGCUAGAGAGAGGGGUUUCUGCUUUUUCUACUUGGGAGAAGGAGCUACACAAGAUAGUUUUUGAUCCCCGAUACCUGCUUCUUAAUCCUAAAGAAAGAAAACAGGUAUUUGACCAAUAUGUGAAAACCAGGGCAGAAGAAGAGCGUAAAGAAAAGAAAAAUAAGAUAAUGCAGGCCAAGGAAGAUUUUAAGAAAAUGAUGGAAGAAGCAAAGAUUAAUCCCAGAACUACUUUUAGUGAAUUUGCAGCCAAGCAUGCUAAAGACUCGCGUUUCAAAGCAAUUGAAAAAAUGAAAGAUCGAGAGGCCUUGUUUAAUGAGUUUAUCACAGCAGCACGAAAGAAGGAAAAAGAAGAUUCGAAGACCAGAGGAGAGAAGAGUUCGAAAAAAGAAGUGUCUGGCUGGAAAACUCCAAACAGACCUUUACAUACCCAUUCUGUCGCUGAUAUCAAAAUGGACUUCUUUGAACUGUUAUCUAAUCACCACUUGGACAGUCAGUCUCGCUGGAGCAAAGUAAAGGACAAAGUAGAGACUGACCCCCGCUACAAAGCUGUGGAUAGCUCUUCACAAAGAGAGGAUCUUUUUAAACAGUACAUUGAAAAAAUAGCCAAAAAUGUGGACUCGGAAAAAGAAAAAGAAAUGGAAAGACAGGCUCGCAUUGAGGCAAGCUUGCGUGAACGGGAGAGAGAAGUUCAGAAAGCUCGUUCUGAGCAGACAAAGGAGAUUGACAGAGAGCGAGAACAGCACAAACGAGAAGAGGCCAUCCAGAAUUUCAAAGCUCUCCUAUCUGAUAUGGUGCGAUCUUCAGAUGUGUCAUGGUCUGAUACCAGAAGGACACUUCGAAAGGAUCAUCGGUGGGAAUCCGGCUCCCUUCUGGAACGAGAAGAGAAGGAAAAAUUAUUCAAUGAACACAUAGAGGCACUUACGAAGAAGAAGAAAGAGCAUUUUCGGCAGCUUCUGGAUGAAACUUCAUCAAUUACCUUAACAUCAACAUGGAAAGAAGUAAAGAAAAUAAUUAAAGAAGAUCCCAGAUGCAUUAAAUUCUCUUCCAGUGACAGGAAAAAGCAAAGGGAGUUUGAAGAGUACAUCAGAGACAAAUAUAUUACAGCCAAAGCAGAUUUCAGAACGCUUUUGAAAGAGACCAAAUUUAUAACAUACAGAUCCAAAAAGUUGAUCCAAGAAUCUGACCAGCACCUGAAGGAUAUAGAAAAGAUAUUACAGAAUGACAAACGUUAUCUGGUACUUGACUGUGUACCAGAGGAGAGACGCAAACUCAUCGUGUCCUAUGUAGAUGACUUAGAUCGCAGAGGUCCCCCUCCACCUCCCACAGCUUCAGAGCCUACAAGACGAACAACAAAAUAAUUAUGAAGUACUCUUGAGCAAGAAUAUCUGUUAAGUCAAGAAGAUUGCAUGAGCCAUCUGUCAGGUUUAAUCAUAUACAUUACUGUGAACCUAUUGCAAAACCAUCCAAUGAGCAGAGAGAAAAGCAGCAUUUGUGAACAUAAAGCAGUCUCUGUACAGAGAGAACAUUUGCAUUAUUGAUGCUUUUUCUCUUUGCCGCAUGACUGACAAAUAUUCUAUCCAUGCAGCUAUUUCCAGUGAUUUUUAGAUCCUAGAACAAUGCGAUAUCUGUGUACAAGAUGUGGAUGUUGGUAGCGUUUGGAGGCGUUCUUCUCAGCAGUGUUAUGUGUGAAAGCCUUGGGAUGAUUGAUAUUUGUGGUUUGAAGUUAAGAACUACAAAACACCACAGAUAUCCUAAUGGGAGAGCCAAGGUCAGGCGUUCUGAUGAUUAAACUAUUGACUGCUGAAGACCGCAGUAAGAUUAUGCCCCUUCAUGAACCUGAAAAUAUAGGGCCUAAUUCUCAGCUCAUGCGUGGCCUUUCCUGUAUAAAUCAGGACUAACUCCAUUAAUGUCAGUUCCAGCAUGAGAGGAGAAUGAACCUUGCAGUGACCAAAUUGAAUAAACACCAUUUGAUCUUGUUCACAGGCCUGCUUUGAUUCCCCUCUCUUCCCCUCCUCCCCAAUAGGCACAAUCAAGUUGCUUUGCCCGGUAGUCUGGUAAUGUUUUGCUGUAAAUUGGAAAUGCACAGGGGGGGAAAAAAAGUUUCUUCCCCAGGAUAGCACGGUUGUACAAAUACACUUUUAUUUACCAUAAAGUGAUAUCUACCAACCUCUGAAUUAGAAUAUGGACUUCCCUUCUGGGUAUUUCUUGUAAACUAUAUUCCUGUUUUGAAUGUUAAACUUGUGUUUCUAAAGUUUAAUUUUGAAAUGUUGGGAUUGUUCAGUUUACGUAUUUGAACGACAAUAAACCAACCCUUUUUAUAUAUGGAUU